AUGAAUAAGACAAGGGCUGUUAAUGAUGUUUUUCAUUUCCUGAUCAGCAAGAACUGGAGCUCAAGCCGAAGCUUUCCUAUGAACAUUUCUAAUCAGUGCAUGAACAUCACUGACCUUACUGUCUUUCUGGCCACCUCCUACAGCUUGGAGACUGUUCUGGGCAUUGUGGGAAACAUCUGUCUGAUUGCUGUCAUUGCCAGGCAGAAGGAAAAGGCAAAUGUCACCAAUAUCCUAAUUUCCAACUUAAUAAUUUCAGACUUGUUUAUGUGUCUCGUCUGCCUGCCUUUCACCGUCGUUUACACUAUGAUGGACUACUGGAUAUUUGGAGAAGUCAUGUGCAAAAUGACCUCUUUCACUCAGUGCACAACUGUGACAGUGUCAAUCCUUUCCCUUGUCCUUAUUGCUCUGGAAAGACACCAGCUCAUCAUAAACCCAACUGGCUGGAGGCCAAAUACCUCCCAAGCCUACCUAGGAAUUGGAGUGAUUUGGACUUUAGCAUGUCUCAUGUCCCUACCCUUUCUGACCACAUCCAUCUUGUCUAACGAGUUGUAUGAGCAGCUCUCACACUUCAUGAAUUUUUCCACUGAUAAGGCAAUAUGUAUCAACUCGUGGCCUUCUGAGCAACACAAACUUAUCUACACUACCACUUUACUGCUCUUGCAAUAUUGCAUCCCUCUGUUCUUCAUCAUCCUUUGCUACCUGCGAAUCUACUUACGCCUGCAGAAGAGGAAGGACAUGUUUGAGAAGAGCGAGUACAGCAACCGAGCGGUCCAGCUGAGAAGGAUAAACAUCUUGCUAGCAUCCAUGGUUGCUGCUUUUGCUGUUUGCUGGCUACCACUGCAUGUUUUCAACACCAUUGUGGACUGGAAUUACAAAAUCAUUUCGCCUUGCCACCACAACCUGAUCUUCUCAUUGUGCCACCUGGUAGCUAUGGCUUCUACCUGUGUCAACCCUGUUAUCUAUGGUUUCCUAAACAGCAACUUCAAAAAAGAAGUGAAGUCACUGAUUCUAAGCUGCCAGCAUAAUUCAGUAACUGCCUCAAUGGAAGAAUAUGAUCAUUUGCCUUUAUCCACCAUGCAGACUGAAAUUUCCAAGGGGUCACUGAUGUUGAACUGUAGGCACAAUUCUAUCUAA